UGUUAGUGGAAGUUGUCAAACACUCUUAUAGAUUUAGGUCUGAUAAUGGGUUUACUUUGCUUUGUUUCACAUACUUCAAUUUUCGUUAUGUUCAGUUCUAAAAGACGUAUACUUGAUGGGAGAUUAAUGUAAUAUGUCAAUUGUUAUGCGGACGUAUGAAUAAAGAAAGCUUAUCGGAAAAAGCCAUUGACGUAAUAGCUGGGAACCGAAGCCAUAACAACAAUAACAUGAUGAACACAAUCGCAUGCUUAUUUUUUUUCACAGCAGUGUCGAAUGGUGUAUGCGGUUUGGAUUUGAGUCGGAGAAAUAAAACAGAACUUUUUCGUCGCAUUAUAAGCGCCGAAUGUGCAGAGUUUGGAGAAGUGGUACAUGGAACAGUUUCCAAAAUCAAUGCAACUAGUGUCCAAGGCGUACAUAUAGAAUGUGACGAAGGAUAUGAUCUCACUGGUGGGCCGAAAGUAUUGUGUAAUGAUGGUCGGUGGGAUGCAGCCCCUCGCCCUAUGUGUGCUAAACGGUGCAAACCACCACCGCUGCUGCGCGAUGGAGGAGUCAGUGUCGAAGCUCGCCAAGACGGCCCUAACAGCUACCGACACGGGACAAAGGCUAUCUACAGCUGUGGGGUGGGGUUUCAGCUGUCACCACCUGGCAGUCACAUUCGCUCUUGUCACGACGGUGUGUGGACGGGACUGGCUGCCACAUGUGUUUCGAACGGGUGCCCGCCACCACCGUCGGUGGCCGACGGCUACCACGUGCUCGAACCCCUGAGCCCUGCUGCAGUGCCGGUGGUGCCGCACACCGACCACGAGGGGCGGAUCGUGGUGAGUGUGGAGCAGCGAGUCCACUACAGCUGCAAUGUGGGCUACACUCUGCAGGGGCCGGCAAGCCUCCAGUGCCUCGCAUCGGGCCAGUGGAAUCCUCGCCAGCCUCCCAAGUGUGUGCGCCAGUACGGACCGCCCACAGAGCCUCCGCCACCACCACCUCCGCCUCUGCCUGGUAUGGAUAUGGAUGCCGACAAAGAAAGAAUUUCAGCACAUGUUGCACCCGAGCUGCCACUGCCGGUCUGCCCGCCAGCCCCAACUCUGCACCACACACAGGUGUCCGUCCUAGACGGGCCACAGACUGCCAACAAUGCGGGUUCGGGUGCUCGGCUGGAGGUGAGGUGCCGCGAAGGCUACCGGGAUCCCGCUGCACCCUGCGUGCCAGCCGUGCUGUACUGUGAGCAGGGUUCCUGGGUGGGCUCACUGCCGAUCUGCGAACCAGUUUCAGACUGUCCACCACCACCGUAUGUACAACACGGCACUCUGACACCACUGCCACCGAGAGAAUCGUCAUAUCCUGUGGGAUCAUCUGUUAGCUACAGCUGUGCCACCGGUUAUUUUCUUGAAGGCGAAAGAACUUUGACCUGUGCUGCUACUGGCUGUUGGGAACCGGCCACACUGCCUUCCUGCAAACUUGAGGAACAGCUUUACGCACUUGCCGGCUGCCCGCCUCCACCGCUCGUGGAGCACAGCACGAUGUCCUCGCCGACGUCGGAGACUUCGUACCCCGUGGGGUCAUCGGUGAGCUACAGCUGCUUCCAGGGCUACGUGCUGGAGGGGGAGCACAUCAUCACCUGCAAUCCCUCCGGCCUCUGGGAGCCUUCCCCGUUGCCGACGUGCAGAGCUGAUCCACAACCUUACGCCUACCUGAGUACAUCGAGUGUGCUGCUCGUGUCCCUCGCAGUGGCCCUCGGCGUCUCACUCAUCCUGCUCGUGGUCUGUGUGGUGGUGGUGUGUCGCCACCAGGGGCCCAAGACACGCCCUGGAGUUCCGUCACCCUCGUCGUCAACUGGAGGAGGCGGAGGCCAUCGCGGUGGCUGUGGCGGACCACCUGGUUCUCUUGGCGGGCCACGCCACUCUUCUCCGACAGGAUGCGUUGCCACAUCUGGAGGUGUAUUGCAUGACCCAGACAGGGUCGCCCUUAUCGCAUUUGCUGAUGGAGUUCAGUUGGGAGAGUCAACAGCUCUUCCGACCUACGAAGAGGCGGUGCGUGGGUGCGAUCGCAGCAUGGCUGGCGUAGGUGGCACGGUGGGGGGCGGAGGCACCUCCCUGAGUGCGGGUGGCGGCCAGGGCCACCGCAGCCACGGGCGCGGCCACUGGGCGGGCCUGGGGUCGGGCCGCCGGCCGGUGCACGUGACACGCCAGUCCUCCAGCACGUCCCACACAGCCUCCCUGAGGAGCGGUUCUGCAGCUGGCGACUCUAUGGGCUCUACAGACACCAUGACACCGAGCGAAGUUUCGACAACUGUGACACUAGACACAGUGUCAUCACACACGUGCAGUAGCGGCGUCAGUGGCAGCGGCAGCGGUAGUGGUGGAGCAGCGAGCUGCCGUGCUAUCUGUGGCAGCCUCGCCUCGUUUGACACCAGCUCCGCACUCAAUACUGAAGGUGUUCCACUUCUCGAGGAAAGUGAACUGGAGGAGGCUGACCUCUCUGGCCCGUGCAAGCGCCGACGCCCGUCACCGGACCCGCCGGGGGUCGCCUGAUGCAGGGUUCACGGGGGGCGGUACUCGCCCCCCUUGCCGCCCCUGUGCCCACUCCCCGUUCCGCCGCCACCGCCUCCGCGCAGGCUGCGCAAGUUGUAAGUCUGGCUCCUGGGCACACGGGAUAGGCUAGAGUUCCUGGACCCUCGGGGACGGGCUCAGCAGUAGGAAGUGUAAUGGCUGCUUGUUGUCACCCAACUUAUCUGUCUCCACAGCAUUCCAAAGCUACAAGACUCCCGAGUUUCGUAAUCUAAUGCAGUACACAGAAGUGUGUAAUAUGAAACCCAAAUUCUAGUUUAUUCGCUUAAAAGAAAAAAACGGGAUGGCUCUUGGGAACUGAGAGUAAAUUAUUGCUUUUCUGUCAUCCUUUGUUAGCUCUAAUCAAAUUCUUGUUUGUUCCUGUUACUAUAAUUUUUUGUUUACAUGUGGUGUGUAUUAUUCUUUCUCCAUGACUUUGAGUUGUUAACUGUCAGAAAGAUCCUCUUUCAGACUGUGGAUCAUUUAUGUUGAUCGGUUAUCAGAAAUUAAUUGUUAAGAAUAUUUUCUGUCUUUUUAAUGUACACUACCUCAUUUUGGAUCUGGAACAACAUACAGUGUUCGAAUGAACAUUUACAAUCUAAUAAUAGUUGCUACUGUAUAUAAAUAUAUCCUAUGCAGUUUCAGGUCCGUGCAUAAAAAAGAAAAACAAAUUGGGGAUUGAUCCUAGUUAUUAAAGAUCCAAGGAGAAAAAGGAAAUAAUCAGGAAAGGCAUAUUUCUAUAGUAUAUAGCAAAAUGGACAUAUAAUAUGCACUAAUCAGAACUGAAAGAUCAAAAUACUUGAAGCACACUUUUAAUGAUGUUUCCUGCAUUGAGAAUCUGUCGUCCAGUUUCCUCUGUUACCACCCUUCAACUGUUCCAGCUAUAGCACUGAAGUCUCCAGUGAACCUUGCAUAGAGGAAGAAAAGUCUUAGAAAAACAAUAUAUUAUUUAUACCAUCAGGUGUAUAAUUGUAGGUAUAUUUUGCCUUGUUUUCUGUCCCUGCAUCAGUUACCAUAUCACACAUCUUUUAAAAGCUCAUGAGACUGCAUCACAUCCUAUAAUGGUGUGACUAACUCCUAUUAUACUGUCAGAAAACGUUUACAGUGUAAUGUAAAUCCCUCCCUGCCCUAUUAGAAGAAUUUAUAACUUUCAAUUAAAGUUUAAAUCUUGAUAUUGUCUCUGCAACAAAAACUGUUAGCAUUUAUAUUAGUAACUUUGUCAUAGUUAAGUGUUGUGAAAGUAUAAAAUUAUAAAACCUGUGGUAAUGUAUUAACCAACAUUUAAGUCAAUUAAGUGAAUUUUUGACAUUACCUUCAUGAGAGCAGCCUUUUUCUUUUAAAAAACAGAAAAGGCAUAAAAUUGUUGGUUUAUCGCGUUGUUGGAUAAUAGGACAUAUACUGGUUUCAGUCACAGUGAGAAAUAAUGAAGGAAGGAUAAACUAAUUCUUCUUUAGCUGCUGAGGCAUUAAUAAUUGCGCAAAGGUAUGUGUGUCAUAUUAUAUGGUAAAAUGCAGGAUAAUGUAAACGAAUGUUAUGACUUUGUAUGCAGUAUUCAAAAUGCUGAUAUGUCAUUUAUCAGAUCUGUAGAUAUUUAGAAGGCUUCUUUAUUAUGUGGGAGUUAUCUUAAAUGUUCUGUGCAACACUGUUGGUCAGAAAUUACUACAUAGUACAAUCUCGUAGUGUAAAUUUAGUUAGUUACUCAAUAUGGAUGUUGUAGGUCAGUAUAUGAGCACUUAGGUGACUUGUUAUAUUUAUUGCUGUUAAAUCACUCUGUCCAUAAUGUGCAAAGUGGUCGCACCAGUUUUAUAUGUGUUUUGCUUAAUAUAGACAUGUAUUAGCUCUCAUACUACAUGGUGUGUAGACAUAUCGGCAGAAGCCCUCUUAACUAAGAAACAAAUAUGAGCUCAUUUAGAUGCAAGGGCUUUACUGAAAUACUCAUAAGAUAGUGAGUGUCAGAAAGCUUAGUUGCAUUACAGUCAGCACUUAUGUUUUUAUUUGUAUAUUAUAUUUGUUCCAUUUGUAUUUCUUGCAAAGAGCCAGGCAAAAUUAAGUUUCACCAGUGUAAUCUAGUCGUAGAUUAGUUAUACUUCAGCUUCAGAAUGUAACAGGUCAAACAUUACAAAUGUUACAUCAUCAUCUGUCUUGUCUAUCUGUUCACAGCAGAAUAUAAAGGUUCAACCAUCAUCCAUUGAGAUUAUUAUAUUGGUGUAUUAGAAAUGCCGGGUAUGUUGUGUGUGCAUGUGUGUGUGGGUGUUUGUGCGUGUGUGUGUGUGUGUGUGUGUGUGUGUGUGUGUGUGUAAAUAUAUAUAAAUUUGUAGCUAGUCCUCUUUUUGAGGUUUCUUAUUUUAAUAUAAUUAUACUGACAAACUCUUGAUGUAAAUGUACACAUAAGCAAUGCAUUCUGGAGAUUUUUUAAUUUAUUUUGUUUAAAUUGACAGAUGUUUCAGCAGGAAAGAGAAAAUAUUUUAGUGUGUCUGCCUGAAUGUAUAACUUGAUGUUGCCCUUCACUGGCUGCCCAUGAGGCCUACUUGAUAUAGCUGUUGCUCAGAAAUUUGCAAACUGUCAUUUUGGAAAGAGAAAAAAGAGUUGCAACCUGUAAAUAUAUUUGAAAAUUUGAAGGGUUUAGUAGAUUUGUAGGUCAGGUCAUUGCACAUGAUAAAACUGCAACAGGAAAGGUGUCUUCACAAGCUGAUCUGCAUUUUUAUAAAACAAUAUGAACGAAAUAGUAGCAUUAAGUUUUUUAGUUUAUUUUCCCCCCCUUCAUACUCUUUACUACUGAAAAUAUUCACUCAUAUGUCCCCAUUAAUGUUUAUAAAAUGUGUGCCAAUAAAAAUCAUUAUAUUGUUAAGGAUAAUUAGUAACAUUCUUGCUUCCAUUUUGUGAUGAUAAAAUAGUAUAUGAAUGAGUACAAGGAUUGGUGUUCAGAUAAAAAAAAAUUAUCUAGAUAAUGUUAUUUCUUGCCCAUUUGCGAUAGAAUAUGUUCUGUUUAUCGUACAGGUGAUUUCUGUCAGUAAUGGAACAUAUAAAUCUAUUUUACAUUUUUGAAAUGUAUUUAAUGUUCCUAAGAGAUACAUUUGUACAGCCAUAUUAACAGAGAUCCAUAGUUUUGAUAAAUGAACUAUUGAAUAUGCAUUAUUUACACACAUUAGCAGAUCAGUGGCUUUUAUUGCUAUAAUUUGCUAUAAAAAUUAUAUUUGUUAAUGCAAGAUUUAUAAAAUAACUGAAUGAAACCUGUUUUUGCAACUACAUAUGUAUUUUUUCUUUCUUUUUUUUUACUGUUUGCCAGUAAUUAAAUUUCUCGGUAAUUGGUAAGUGUGGGAACAGAUGGUGUUAAGACAAAUAAGUUUUUUCAAAUACGCCAAGUCUUCAAGCCAUGCAAACUGACUGAUUCUUAAAUAUUUUUAAGUCCUCUUUGUAAAAGGCAAGUGAAGCAAGUAUCCUAGGACUAACCGCUGUCUUUAUUAACCAUUAAUAACUGUAAUUCGGAACUAAAUUAAUGUUUUUUGGUACACUAUAUGCUCCUGUUUAUCUCUUACUAAAAAUGGAUACAGUAGUAUUUUCAUUGCCAAUUGUUGAUACGAUUGCGUUGCUUUAAUGUAUUAGAAAAGUCAGUUACACAGGGCUUCAGAUACUGAGUGGUAAUGCUCUAAGUCCUGUCACAAAUUCAUGUUACGUUAGUUAAGUAAAGUGUUUCAUUGUUCUAAGGUGUGAUCUCAUUGUGCUACAGUCUUUUCCUUCACAGAAAAAUCAAAGAAACUUGACACAAAUAAAAAUAAUAUGCUAAUGUUACGAAAGUAGUCAUCUAUAUUACCUGAGAUGUAACUGAUGAUAAAAUGAGAGAACUUUUCACAGAUUAUGCCAUCCUUAGAGAUUACUUUCUAAUAUUUAUGCUAGUAUUUAUUUAUGUUAGCCUCCACCUGAAAAAUUUUACUUAUUUAUCACAUUUGCUGUUACUAAUCAGGUGCAGUAAUAAGUACAUAAGAUUGUAAAUUGACAUUUAAUUUUUAUUGUGGUCUUUAAACAAGCGGGACUGCCCUUCCUGCCUUUGUUCAGAAAUUAUCGUUUGAUACGAUGUAAGUAAGUAAGUAUUGUAUGAUGCUACCGUUACAGGAUACAUUCCACAUCUCCCUCCUGUGUCAACACAUGACACACUGUCGGACCAACUUUAUUUGAACAUGUGACAAUGUUUCUCCUUUUAUUUGUUGACAUGGUAAUGUGAUUCUCCUUUUAAGAUAGUAUACAUUGCAUAUUUUCAGCUUGCAAACAAGCAAUUUCAACUGAGUGAGAUUGUGCAGCAGUUAGCACACUGGACUCGCAUUCAGGACGACGAUGGUUCAAACCUGCGUUUGGCCUUCCUGAUUUAGGUUUUCCACAAUUUUCCUAAAUCGCUUAAAGCAAAAGGUGGGAUGGUUCGUUUGAAAGGGCAUGGCCGACUUCCUUCCCUAAUCCGAUGAGACCGAUGACCUAGCUGUUUGGUCUCCUCCCCCAGAUUGACCAACUGACCAAACAAUCAGUUUUAAGUGAUCCCAUAGAAAAAAGUCCAUUGGUGUGAGGGUUGGUGACCUCCAUUUGACUGCAUUUUUUGAUCUAAUAUCCAGGAAAUUGGUGGUCCGAACAGGACCAGUUGGAGGACAUUUUUCUGCACAAACAACUUACCAUCUUGUGCACCCCUCCCCCCUCCUUCUUCACCCUCAUAAACUUUCACCUGUGUCAGUUUUCACUACCAAUUUUGCAACACAUUGUAUGCAAGUCUUGCACAUGGGCACCUAUCUCAGCUUGGCAUGCCAAGCAGCCAUUACUAAUUGUGGAACAUCCAGUAUUGAAAUCCUACAGUUGUGGUGCCUGUGCCCCCCUCCCCCCCCCCCCCCCCCCUCAACUUGGCACUUCAAGUGUUGGUUCGUUUCGCGUGGACCAUUCUGUAAUUUGGUAGUGCCCCAUCUUGCAAGAAGACCCCACUUUCAUCUGGGACUGACACAAAGAUGUCAAUUUUCAGCAUGAUGAGAUAGACCAUCAGACUAUGUUUGCUUCAAUGAAGAAAACACACAGUUCUUGUAGCUUCAAAUCCAGUAGCACACUGUGAAUUCCUCCUCACCUUGGCUUUUACAGUUAGACAUCGAAUGUGUGUUGCUAUCCAUCUGCUACCUUCCAAUUUGUGUGUUCACGUAAUCACUAACAUAAAAAAUUGUCUCAUCUGAAAAAAGAAUGGAACUGUCAGAUUUAUUUAUUUUUCAUUUUGCAGUUUCUCUUGGCUGAAGCUUCCUUUGUUUUUUCCCCAUUGCUGUAUGUUUUGCUCUCCCUGAUACUUCUAUAUGUAAUCUAUAUUAAAUUAAAACUUGUCAACUUUCCUCUUUGCUAUUAAUAUUUCAUCAGCUUUUAAAAUCUCUUCUGUUGCUUCACUUCUUGCCCUACUCUACUUUCUCCCUGAAAACAAGGUUUCCCCAUUCCUCUACAAACUGUUGUUGAUCUAAAAUCUGGAGAUUUUGUGCUUAACUCCGUGUGUGUGUCUGGUGCUACUGUACUUGUAGGCAAAAGUAUAUAUCUAUAUUAAACUGUAGUUUAAAUUAAUGGACACUGUCUUUUUUCUUUGUGGCAUUUAUUGUCUCGAAUUUGUAGUUAAGGAAAUGCCAGAGCCAUCAACUUAAUUUGAAUAUUGCCCAAAUAGAUUUUAAUUAACAUUAGGCUAUUUUUAUAUAAUUUUUGCUUGUACAUCUUUGUCUUUAUUGUUUCAAAAGACUGAUGUGGCAGCAGUUUGUGUGUUACAACUUGCUGCUUCUCACUUUGGUGAGGAAGGGUACUCAUGUUUUCUUGUCUAGCAGACAACAGCUCACUUUCUUUAUCUGCACUUGAUCAAAAUAUGCACACACAAAAUAAUUAUUAUAGAUAUAGAAGGAGUUAUUUUUAGUUUGUAAGAUUGGUUUAUAAAUCUUUUCUUGGAGUGACACACUUACAAAAUCAUCUCGUACAUGAGAUACAGGAUUUGAGUCUUGCAUUUACUUGAAAGUUAAAUGAGUCUGCAUACUCCAUAUGAAAUCUGAAAGAUUCAUUGUAGAAUAUAAUUGUUGUGAAAUCAUUACAUAAGGGCUGAGUCAUCACUGUUAAGAAGAUACUUACGUUCAAGAGCCCACACAGCAUGUUUGCUAAAUAAUAAAGCUUUUGAAGCAAAAACAGCAUUUUGUUUGUGGAAGAGUCUAAAAUAGGGUUUCAAUGUUAAUAACAUAAUUUAUGUCAUGGCUUGCAUGCUUUAUCUAUGGUAAAGUGUAUUUUUAGUGGCAUUAUAUUAAUUACAAAUGUAAACACUGUUAUAUAGCACAAAUGGACACUAUUAUUGUAAGAAGUAAGUAAGUGUUGUUUAGUCUAUGUUCUCUUAACUCUGAACUGAGCUGUGUUAAGAGAUUUGUCUAAUACAGAUACUGUUUGCUCUGUGUUCUCUUCACCUGUUAAAUAUGAACCAUAUUUAUAAAUCUCUUUGAGAGGUGUAUGUUUUAAAAGUCUGCGGAAUUAUCUGAAUGUUGGUAUAUGUUAAAAGUUAGUGUUGAAUUUUUCUAUUGACCUAAUAAUCUAUCAUAGUUGAAAUGUUAAAAAAAAUUGUAAACAUAAUUGUGACUCGUGUUGAUAUUGGAUAUCAGAAACAAUAAUGCAAUGCCAUUUUCAAUAUUUUUGCUUUGUUAAUUUAAGGCUUGUCUGUAAUCAAUGAGCUAAUUUUUCAUGUUGGAAUUAAUUGUUGUUUGCUACUGCACAGAUGUGUCAGUGCAGCAAACAUUAUUUCUAGUAAAAGAAUUUUUCCCUUUUUUGAAACAAUUUUCAAAGCCUGUUGUCUUACUCAAAUACAAUUUUUAUGUGUCUACAUACAGGAAGAUGUGUAUAUAUUAUUGCAAAAAUGGGAUGUUAAUGUAACAAAAUUUUUAAUCAGGUUCCUGUGGUUACCCAGAAAUGUGAAGUACAAGGUUGUGAUGGGAAUAUGAUGUUUAGUACUCCUUGUGUGUUUAAACAUAUAGGUUGGCUAAACAUUACUUUGGAUAUUUUCUAUAUAUUUCAUGUGCUAGUCUGACAUGACAAUGGCAAUGGAAAAGAUCUGUAUUGUGUAUGUCAGGUUCAAAUUCAAACUUGCCACCUGGUGUGGUGGAAUGAAGGGAACCACCUACAAAAUUUUGCAGUUUGACUGUUUUUAUCUGAUAUACUUUUAACAGGAAAAUGUAUUGUUGUUGGUGUGCUUACAUGAUAAAGCACUUCAUGUUAGCAAAAAUAAUUUCCCUUCAUAGAAUCUCAUGGUAUAUGUAGUAUCUGGUUGGUUUUCUUUUGUAGUUACACAUCAUUUGUAGACCACUAUUUUAUGCUCACUGACACAGCCAUGUCUUAUUUGUUAGCAGUGUACUUGUCUACAUUUUUGUGUUACAAACUAAAAGUAAAUAAAUGUCUUGCUUUUA